CAGCUGUCAUGAUUUGCGCGCCAAAUUUCAUUAGUCAGAUGGUUAAAAACAAGCUUAAUCCAAUGAAGACACUCGUACACCAAAUUCCAUCGAUUUUAUAGUCAGUGAAGAAAUUCAAAUUUAUUUGUGUGUUGUAAAUAAUAGAUGAAAAUCUGACCAUGGCCACACCACAAAUAAUAUGUGAAAACUUUGAAGAAUAUGGAUUCGAAAUAUCACCAUCGUCGGCUGAAAGAUGCGUCGAGUUGUGCAUCAGUUAUUCGAUUGUUCCAAAUGAUUUUGUGGAAACUUAUGUGACAUUCAGUGUAAAUACUGAGGCAGGUACCGAAGUAACCGAAUCGCUACUUGACGAUUUCGAACGAAAGGAAUUAACAAAUUACAAAUCAAAGAGCAAUGCAAAAACACAACAAAAUAUCAACACUUUUGAGUAUGAUGAAAUUGGCUCCGAUGGCGAUGAUAACGAUGUAAUGGGUUCCUAUGUUUGUACUACGCCAAAGGCAAAUAAGCUGAAUCGAUCACGUGGAAUCAGUACACCUGUCAGUAGUCUGAAGGACCGCGGAUCAAUUUCAAUGGAAUCGCCCAUAUCAGCCACAUUAAAAGACGGAACUGGAAAAGUUGUGUACACAUUUGGUUCAGCUGCGCUAAUGAAAUCAAUCGAUUGGGUAAAUUCGGGAAAGCAAACAAUAAAAUGCGAACGAAUAUCAGACAAUUUGGCCGUUGAUCAGCAUUAUAUGUAUGACAAUUUAUUGCAAAAGACAAGCAUUGCAGCCGAUCGAAUAUUUGAUAUUGGUGAAGAGAUUUGUGCCAAGCUAAUCAAAGAACAUUCCGAUAAGUACGGAAACGAUUUGUACAAAGAGGCCUUCGAAUAUAGUGCAUCGUCACAGGGUGUUAUGAGAUGCGUUGGUCGCAUUUGUUCGGAUAGUGAUGAUCGACUGGGUCUAUAUUCAACCAUGUUAAUUGGAGCCGAUGAAAUAACGUUACGACCAUAUCGAUUGCAUUUUGAUCGAAUGAAAGGUUUCUCACUGUUUCCGGGCCAAACGGUAUUUGUGCAAGGCACUAAUCCACGUAAUGAUUCGUUUUUUGUCGACGAAAUUAUCGGCGAACGAAAUUUAACGUACUCACGGACACCACAAGUGACAGAAAAUCUAAAUAUUAUUGUUGCAUCCGGACCGUUUACAUCGAAAACCGAUCUAAUUUACGAACCAUUGAAUGAACUUCUUGCAUAUUGCAAACAACAUAAGCCAGACAUUUUAAUUUUGCUGGGACCAUUUUUGGAUGCUGAUCAUCCAAAUUUACUAGACGGUACAAUGAAAGUGCCACUGGAGACACAUUUCUUUGAAACGAUGAUUUCUGGCAUCGUCAAUAGCGUUGGCUGCGACACGGAAGUGUUUAUUGUUUCAUCCAGCCAAGACGCGCACAGCACGUUUAUUUAUCCAACGGCACCAUAUGCACACAGCAGCCCAUAUAAAAAUGUAACAUUCCUACCAGAUCCAUGUAUCAUAAAAUUGAAUGGAGUUACAAUUGGUAUGACAGCCACCGAUAUUUACAGUCAUAUUACAGAUGCCGAAAUUGCUGUAAAUGCUGGUGACAAAGUGAAACGAGUGGCAAGCUAUUUAUUCAAUCAAGCGUCAUUUUAUCCAUUGAAUCCGCCAUCAGAAAAAGUGAGUGUGGACAGUGGUUUGGUGAAGGAGUUUGCUACAUUGUCCAUUGUUCCGAAUAUUUUGAUUUUAAAAAGCGACGUUAAAUGCUUUGCCAGAGAAGUAAAAGAUGGUUCGAAUGGUUGUUUGAUACUCAAUCCAGGCUCAAUGUGGGACAAUCAAAGCUCAACAAAUGGAACAUUCAGUCGACUUGUCGUAACACCGGCCAACGACGACACAACAUCGUUGAACAAUAUCAUUGCCUGUCAAAUUAUGAAAGUUUAAAUAUAUUAUUUAAUAAAAAAAAUUAACAUAAUAAUAAUUGUAAUUCUAAAUGUAUCAUCAUCUCUUUAUGCGCAAAUAAAUCAUCAAAAACGAA